AUGCAGCAGCUAAUGGGCAGGCCAGUGCAGAAGGUGGUUCAAGAAGUGGACACCAGAUGGAACAGCACUUAUGACAUGCUGCAGCGUCUGUAUGACCAACGUGCGGCAGUUGGUGCUGCCCUCUCUAGUUUAAAUACAGAGGUUGUUCCCUUAACAAGUGGGGAGAAUGAUAUUAGUGAAUGCCUGACCCUCCUUCUUCCACUAAAACAUGCAACAACUGAGAUGUCUGCAGAAAAAAUGGUGUUGGCAUCAAAAAUGAUUCCACUAUAUCGCAUGUUGCAACACACAAUCUCAGAGAAGAGUACCAAGGUGACCAGGGAGGAGUCCAUACAAUUAGGUGUGCAUCUGAAGGAAAGCUUACGCUCCAGAUUCCAUACACUGGAAUCCAUCCGGGUUUUGGCCUUGGCUAUGCUGCUGGACCCAAGAUUUAAAACUAUUGGCUUUGGCAAUCCAGACCGUGUCAGAGAGGCUGAGAGACAACUCACCUUGGAAUGCGCAUCCCUAAUGCGGUCCUCUCCAGACACUGUGCACGUGACACCCCAAGAGCCACAGCCUUCAACAUCAGCCCUGGCCCCAUCCUUGGAAGCAGCAUGUCCCACAGACAAUCUAUGGCAACUUUUGGCCUUGCGUGUUUCUGAGUCUCAAAGAGCCCACAGUGCCACUGCAGAUGCCACUGUGGAGGUGAAGAGAUACCUAACGGAUGCUUAUCUUGGUAGACAAGAAGAUCCACUCCUGUAUUGGAAGGAGAGAAUAACUGUUUAG